GGCGAGUGUGUCGCUUGGAAGUGUUUGCUCACUGCUGUUCAUCCGUGAGAAAAUGUUAAUGCCGUUAUUUGGCGUCGCUGUUGGGAUACUAAGUUGACUUUUGACAGAAAACUUAGUUACUUCACUAAGCCGGCGACUAAAACGAUUGCAUGAACCAUGAUGAUCUGAGGUUUGACUGCAUUGACAUGUCUCAGCUUGAGGACUGCAUCACUGUGUGGGACUGGUUAAGUGGCCUCCGUCUUGACCAAUACUGUGAAGCAUUUCAGAGUGCAGGACUAUCAACUUUAGCAGAAUGCCAAAACCUCACACUAGAUCAGCUGGAGCAGAUGGGAAUCUCACUUCCAGGCCACCAGAGACGCAUCCUUGCUAACCUAAACAAGACUCGAGAUGUCCCCUCGCCGCCACAAUUUGAUGGAUAUUCAGUCUAUGUUCCAGCUGAGAAAGCAGAGCGAGAUCAACGAUUGGAGAAUAGUCUGCACAAAGCAUCACAGAGUGGGAGACCACCAGUCCCUGUUGAACAAGAACCUGUCCUGAACAUAGAUGAGAAGAAAAAUGGACAGACCAAUGAAUCUGCAGGUGGAGACAAACAGAAGCCAGUCCCUCAAGAUAAACAAAUGUCCAGGAAGAAGGAGGAACUUGGAGAAGAGGGUGAGGGGGUGAUAGUCGUUGAACCCAAAGAGGAGCGCAUUAUGGUUGAAUGCGUAAAUGUAGAAAAAGAGAGACCCGUUCCAAAAGAAAGGACAAAGUUCCGUUCCAGUGCUCCAGUGCUGUUGGACUCUCAACCCACCUCCCUAAUUUCUCCUGCUAGUGACACCUCUUUGCCUCCAGUCCCUCCACGGAGCACCUUGAACUGCCCUCCACUGCGCUUCACUUCCGCCUUGACACCCUCACCUCCUGCACAACGCCCCGCCUCAACACUCCAGACCAUUUCUACCGAAAUGGAAACUGCACAGAGUCCAUCUGUGUUCCGUAGCCCAACCCAGAACCCCACACAAGAACCUGUCCAGCCAUCUCGGGUCCCCUCCUCCCAAACACACCGUCAGACAUUAUCCCUUGACGUGCCAGCUCAAGAAUCAAGCAGUGAUGGAACACAAAACACCUCUCCAACAUCUUUCACAGCCUCGCCCAAGGAAGAGAGAAAAGCUCCACCUCUACCUCCAAAAGUUGGGACAUUUUCAAGAGGCCCUCCAAGAGUUCCAUGCAGGCGUCCUGUAUUGUCUUCCAGAACUCACAGCCCGUCUUCUAGCAAAACUGAUCAGCUGCUUCAAGAACAAACUCCAAGGGUUCCUCCUCGCAUCAAGACUUCUCAAACUCAAGAAAUCCUACAAAAGUCAAGCCAGCCAGACUCUCAGCCUGCCUUGCUUGCUGGGGGAGCCCUCCAGUUUCCUCCUGAGACAACGUUGUCCUCCCUAGAUGGUGACUUUGACAACUAUGAAGAAACGGACACGUCCUACGCCAGCGUUAAUCAAGUGAACCCUAUAGAAAGGGAAAUGUCCCUGCAAGUGCCUGCUGUAGCAAAGGGACGGUACAGUUCUUUGUGCAGUGAUGACGAACUGUUAGAUGAUGAUGAUUCCAGUGUUUGGGAGGAACCGGGCCUCAUCAGCCUUCAAAGCAGCAUCUACUUACCUAACACGGGCAGACUGGCUUCACCUCCUAAAGAAGAUGGUUCUCAGGCCUCUGCUGUUAUCAAGAUGGGCUGGCUGGACAAGAAUCCACCCCAGGGGGCUCUUUAUUAUCAGAGGCGAUGGGUAAAGCUAGAUAUUGACUACCUGAGAUACUUCGACAAUGACAAGCAAGUGUAUUCGAAAGGAAUCAUCUCGACUGCGUCAAUAACUAAUGUGACAAGUGUGGGGGAGCUGAAGUUUGAGGUCAUCACAAACAAUCGCACAUUUAUCUUCAAGGCUGAAAGUGAAGCUGAGAGAAAUGAGUGGGUGACACUGCUGCAGGACUGCACAAGAGGGCGCCAGAGGCGCAGUACAAUGAACCCUGGUUCACCUUUGACUCCAGAUUUUAAAGGCUAUUUGGAGCUGAAAGGUUUACGCUCCAAACUCUUCACAGUUGUGGCCACAGAUAAAGUCUUUCUUUAUAAAAACAUGGAGGAUUACCGUAUCGGAGUGGGAAUCACAUCCAUUGAGAUGAAUGUAGGGAAUGUUAAAGUUACAGAUCGUCGCAGCUUUGAUCUCACUACGCCUUACCGCAUUUUCAGUUUCAUCGCGGAGUCAGAGCAACUCAAAGAUCAGUGGGUGGAGGCCAUGAGGGAUUCCAUAGGUGAGGCCUUGUCCAAUAGCGAGGUCGCAGAUCGCAUAUGGGCGGAGCCAAGCAACAGUUCCUGUGCAGACUGCGGGGCUCCCAAACCGGAAUGGGCAGCUAUCAACUUGUGUGUUGUGGUCUGCAAACGAUGUGCAGGGGAGCACAGAGGACUGGGCCCGAGCAUCUCGAAGGUUCGUAGUCUGAAAAUGGACAGGAAGGUUUGGACAGAGGAGCUUAUACAGGUGUUCCUGCUGCUUGGUAACGUGCGUGUAAACAGUUUCUGGGCAGCUAACGUCCCGCCAAGUGAGGCUCUGUCACCCUCAAGCUGCAGCGACGACCGGCGGCGUUUCAUCACUAACAAGUACCGCCACGGCAAAUACAGGAAGUACCACCCUCUGUACGGCAACCAGAAAGAGCUCAAUAAUGCGUUGUGCAUAAAUGUACAGUGCAGUGAUGUGCUGGAGACAUUAAGCCUGAUUUUCUGUGGCGCAGAUGUGAAUUGCUCGACUGGCAUGGUCAGUUGCCCCUCUCCCCUCUCCCUGGCCAACGCACACUCACAACCCUUGCAAGCUGAAUUACUGAGGCACAAUCAGAACACAGAGCUUCCUUGCUCUGAGGUGGACGGAGGAAUGGAGGAAGUUCACUUUUCAGCUCCAACUUGUGUGUAUCACAAUGGCUUCCUAUUCAAGACUGGCUCUAUGGCUCGGGCUAUCAUAGAGCGCAAGGCCAGAGAGGAGUUCAGUCGUCGUUGGUGCAUCCUCAACGACGGGACCUUCAGCUACUAUGAGAGUGACAAGAACGCCAAUCCUAAUGGAGCUCUCAAAGCCUCAGAAAUAGUUUGCCUGGCUGUGGAUGUCCCUGAAAAACAUGGGUAUGACCACACUUUUGAGAUCUACUCAGAAUCAGAGCGCCUCUAUCUGUUUGGCACAGAUGACCCCAACAGCCACAAAGAAUGGGUCAAGUCCAUUGCCAAGAGCUUCAUCCCGGCCAAAGCAGAGCCUUUACUGAGGUUAGGCUUUGAGCGAAUCGGGCGGCUGAAGUGUAAAGACGGAUUGAACUUACAAACGUCCAAGGUGGGCUGGUUUGCUCUGGUGGGCUCCACUCUUCAUGCCUACCUGGAGAACAGCCAGGGAGAGGAGAUACACCUCCGCAAACUCAAUGAACUCUCUAUCCAACAAGAUAAUGAGGUGCUGGUUUUGGUGGAGAGAGGAAGAACACUUUACAUAGAGGGAGAGAGGAAGUUGGACUUUGCUGGCUGGUGUGCUGCCAUACAGACAGCAGCAGGGAGUGGAGGAGACACUCUGAGUCAGCAGCAGCUGACCGACACAGACAUACCGGUCAUAGUCCACAGCUGCAUCGACUACAUCACACAAUGCGGCCUAACAUCUGAGGGGAUUUAUCGCAAAAGCGGUGUGAACUCGCGCGUUGCAGCGCUGUGCGAGAGGUUUCGUCAAGAUGCUCGCAGCCUCCGCCUGAGGGAAGGAGAGCACCAGGUGGACGACGUCUCCAACACACUUAAGCGCUUCUUUAGGGAGUUAGGAGAAGGGCUCUUCACGUCUGAAGAUGGCGGCACCUGGCUCACUACGGCUGCUAUACAGGAUGAAAGUAUGAAAAUCUCUCAGUAUCAAGUGCUGUUGAACAAGCUGCCUCGUGUUAACAGGGCUACACUACGGGCCCUUAUCAACCACCUCUACUGUGUGCAGCGGUUUGCUGAGCUGAACCAGAUGAAUCUCCAUAACUUGGCCAUAGUGUUUGGUCCAACGUUGUUCCAGAAUGAUGGGAAGGACUACACGGCAGGCCGUGCCAUCGAGGACCUCAUACAAUACUACACACUCAUCUUUCAGGUGGAUGAGCAGCAGCUAAAAAAGCAGCUGGAAGAGAUCACUGCCAUCAUCCAAGUGCGCGAGAAGCUGAACACAAAAUUCCCUAGUACUGAACCAGGUGGGCAUUUCAUCUGUACAGUUUACUUAGAGGAAAAGAAGGACACUGCAGAACAACAUGUUAAGAUCCCUGCUUCCAUGACAUCAGCAGAGUUGACAUGUGAGAUAUUAGACAGGCGUAACAUCCCUGUUAAAGACAAAGAGUACUGGAACUGCUGGGAGGUCAUUGACAAGGAAGAAAUGGAGCGUCCCCUGCACUAUCAGGAGCGAGUCUUACCCAUCCUUCACUCUUUUGGCACAGACUCACAUCUGCUUGUCAAGAAACACAUCGCUAUGGAGGCAAUGAUCAUCUACCUAGCCAGUAAGGUUGACCCAUCCAAACAUGGCAUCAUGAAAUUCAGAGAGGAGCGAAGCAUCCUGGGGUUGGGACUUUCCUCGGGCAGUUUCCACGACCGGUAUUUCAUCCUAAACUCUAGCUCUCUGCGGAUGUACAAGGAAGUCAGAAGCAACCGCCCGGAACGUGACUGGCCGGUAAGGAACCUGAGGAUCUACUUGGGCAUCAAGAAGAAACUGCGUCCUCCCACAUGCUGGGGCCUGACUGUUGUCUAUGAGAGUAAGAAACAAGAGAAGCCAGAAAGACAGCAGUGGUAUCUCUGUUGUGACACUCAGCCAGAAAUGAGGGAGUGGUAUGCUACCUUUCUGAGUAUUCAGAACGAUGGUGACGUGUGGCCUCAGGAUGGACUCCAGCCGAGCCGGGUGAGCCGCGUGUUGCCGGACACGCGUCACGGUAAUGUGUCACUGAUACCGCUGCGUGGCAGUGAGAAUGAGAUGCGGAACAGCGUAGCAGCUUUCAGCCAAGAUCCGCUUGCUCUCUUUAGAGAUGUUCGAUAGUGGACGUUGCACUAAGGGCAGGUGCCUGGCGUCAGCAGGUGGCCUGUCAACACUCCAGUGACAUCAUCAGUCUGUGAUUCUGAAGGAGCGUGAAAUGAGAAGGAACAGGACGAAAUGAACUGGACCAAAACACAAAAUAAAUGGACAAUGGGUAAACUGUUUUUGUUCCUGAGCAGUUGAGGUUGACAGUUUGACGGAGUGUUGUCAUCCUAUUGGUUUCCUCCAGCUUGGCAAGGGUCAAGUGUGAGUCCUCAGCCUGCACUCCACACUUUUUUACUGCAUUGCAUCAUGGGCCUGAAGCAUUAGAGACAGUCUGAAGGAAACAUUAAAUCCUAUUACAGUAUCUGUUUGUUUUCAAGAAGGAUUUACACAAGUAUAGAGUGUUUUUUUUUUCAUUCUGAAUUCCAUUUUCUGUAUUAUGCUCACAAAGAAUUGUAGCGGUAACCCUGCAGUUGAACAUGCAAUCAUUGCUAUUGUAAGCAAAAUAAGUGUUUUGUACUGUGAGACCUUGGUCAGAGUGUGCUUGUGUGUCCUUGUGUGUGUUGUAAAGGCCACAUUUCAAACCAUUUACAUAACACCGUUUUUUGUCUGUCAUCUCGUCUGAACGACUUUGUAUUUUUGUGCAAAACAGAGUUAUGAAACAAUCUCUUAACUGUAACGUCCUGCAGCACUGGACUGCGCAUCAAUAACCUGUCAAGAGUGCCACCUGUAGGUCAGGCACUCUUGCAAAAUGGUCUUAUUUAUUUGAAAAAAUAGAAUAGUAAAUUGUUUAUAUAGCGUGUGUGUUUUUAGUGUAUGUUUAGUUAUUAUAGCCCAAAAGCAUAAUAUUAAUCGCAAAAAGCAAAUUCUUGCCACUCUUAAAAGAAAAAUGUGGAAUCCACAGUGGCCUUUCUCAUAUCAUGAGAGCUAAUCAAGACAAAUGUCAUGAUGCCACUUAUUUAUUGUUAGGAAAGUUGUUGCAAGUUGUUAUUUUGACUGUUGCCGUUAAUGAAAGGUCUUCCACAAGUGUACUUAACCCUAAAAUGACACUCCAUGUUCAUUUGACUAAAAUAUGCAAGCAGCAGCGAUACAGAAGAAUCAUUUUUAAUCUGUCAUUUCUAGAGAUAUUUGUAUAUGUUCACAAGUCGCCGUAUGUCCACACAACUCUAAUAAACACUGCUAAUUGUGUGUGUGUGUGUGUGUGUUGCUGUAAACGACACGUGACACACAGGAGCUAACUUUUCCUGGCCUGCGGGUUUUCUGUCAGUGUUGAGUUGUAACCAGGGAGCGAAGCCUAUAGAUGCGCCUCCAGGACAUGUGUCAAAGGCAUGUAUGUGGAGGGGUUACAGUGAUCAUAUGGGGCUAAAGGGGUGCUGCAGAGUUUCUCAUGUGAGGAUGUUUGAGUCACGGUGGUCCACCAGCUCUGUGGUCAUUUCUCUAAGCAGAACUGACACAUCAGGGUUAGCGUGUACCUCAAGACACACACCGGAGAUCCCCGCGAGGUUCCUGCACACUAGGAGACCUUCACUCUUCAUGCACACACACGAGAGCCACCGAAGAUAAACACAGCUUCAUGCAUAAUUGUACGCUCACAGACACACAUUUAAAAUGGCCUUUACUAUAAAGGUCAUAGCAGCAGUUGCAUAAAUCAGAAGCAUUGAGACAGAACAGAGCUGUUCAAAGGCGGCCCACAUGGAAGACAGAGAUACAUUUAAAGUGAGCUUCAAGGGUGUUUGGGGGUCACAUGGGUCAACAGUGGCGCUCCACAGAAAUCUGAAUGUGCACCUGUGGGUGUCAAGUGUCUUUCGUUUCCUGUCAAAGCACACAGUAGAUGGAAAUAGCGUCACAGAGAGGCGCUUAAAGUGGUUUAUGCUGCUUGCUGAGCUUCAUCAGCAGACAUUUACAUUCAGAUGGAAUAUAUGAAAAAACAUUUGGUGAGGUUUUUUUAUGCUAAUGUCUGCGCAAAGCUACAACAGUCUUCAUUGUUUUAGUAACGAAGCACAGAAUAAAAAGUACGGACUUACAUUAUAUUCAAUACAAGGUGUAGGUAUGCAAAUUCUGUAUUAUGGUAGCUUUAAACAACAUUUAUGCAAAUAAAAAACCUUCAUAGAAAGAAAGGUUUGUUUCCACGCAUGAUUUUGGGAAGUUUACUUGUUCUCUCUUGUGCCCUGUGAUUGACUGGUGACCAGUAGGGGUGGUCGCUAUUGCCAAUUUUAGUAUCGAUCCAAUACCAAGGAAAUACAGGGCCAGUAUUGCCUAUACCAAUACUACCAAUACUAUUGAUACUAUUGACCUAGUGACCAGUCUAGGAUAGCCCACCUGUAAGCUGGGAUAGGCUCCAGACUGACCCUGAAAAGGAUAGCUACCAUAGAAAAUAGAUUGAUGUCAACCUGCAGUCAGCUGUGUUUCAUUUUGAACAUAAAAUGUCUGACAAGUUAUUAUCAUUCCAAUCCAUUCCUACAAAGACAUUUCUGUACAGUCUUUCGUGACCUGCACACAGACACAUUGAUGCCUUGGUGAGUCUCCUGUACAUUAUAUUUGUCUUUCUUACUGACCUCAAUGUGGACUUUUAUUUUGAAAGCAAGAGUUUUACCCACAAUGCUUUGCCUGUCAAUGAACAGGUGCAUGGGAAGGUGUUCUAGUGUUUGAACAAGUUGAGUAAACGCUCCCAGAUGCAAGCAGGUAAGGCAUAAUUAAUUUUUUUAAUUUUUUAAAUAUGCUAUAAAGCAUAUGUUAAUGGCAUGCGCGUAUUGUUUAUUUAUGCUAAUUGUUGGCUGCUAGCCCGAAGUGCGAGUGAUACAGUUCCACAGGUAGCUUAGCCUCUCAUGCUAUAUAGCUGUACACUAAAGGGUGGCUAUCCACUUGUGUAAUAUGUGUCUGUUCGUUUAAAGUUGUUGUUUUUAGCAUGACUUCACUCCGAUGUUACAAAUUAGCCUCCGAAUAGGAGUUUACUCUGUGUCAACAAUUACCUGGGUACACUCAGACAGCAAGACGCCUCAUCGAGUGCAUUUGUCCACUUCUGCGAUACGCCAACGUCGCCGCCAUAUUGGAUGUGUCAAGGCUUCUACAAGUAUGAAUGAAUACGGUGUUCCUUCGUUUACUGCAGGGACGGGUUCCCAAAAUUGCCCGCAAUAAGUGAAAUCCGCGCAGUAGCAAACAUUUUUUUUUUUUUUUUACAAUUAUUAUAUAUGUUUUAAGGCGUUGAUCAUUUUCCAAACGUAGAAUGUACACAACUGUUAUCAUUUUGGCGCAGCUGUGCCACAAGUUAUUGUCUCCCAGGGGAAACUAGUUGUAGCGCACAAGUCAAUAAAUAAUAAUAGUGGUAAUAAAUUGUAAAUACAGCGAUCAACAUCAAACAACUGAAAUAACCACACAGUUUGCGCACAAUAACUCAAUACAAAAGCUACAUUUACAACAUUAACAAAUAAAAUGGCUGUAAAAAAGCUAUAUAAAAUACCAAUAUCCAACUAUAUGCAAAAUAAGACUUAUUUGGUAUUAUCAUUUCUGUUACUGUUAUUGGGCAUUGCUUUAUGUUUGAAUCAAUGUGAGCUUUAUAAUGAAGCUAAAAAAAUAUGGCCACCAUCAAGCAGAACGUCUUUGCAGAGUCACCUCCUGGACUUGGAAACUAAUUGCCCGUAAGUCACAGACCAUUUGUCUAAUGACUAUAAAACCUUGAGGUUAUCAAUAUUACAUGUAUGAUGCCAUGUCUUCCAAAACAUUUGGAGCACGACACACAAGGGGCGCCACUCGUGUCAUUUACAGUUAAAAAUUGAAACCACCACGGAGUACCUAUUUUUUCCUCAUGACUUCAUGUCCAUACCUCCUGGUUCUUUCACCAGCAGUGUUGAAAUGCAUAAGACUUGAAACCAGAGUUGGGAUUCUGAAUUCCACCUUCUUGCAGCCAUGACCUGCAUCUGCGGCUGAUGAGCAUUAAAAAGCUUUUGCUGUGUAAUGUUGUUCGAGCCCAUCAAGGCUUUGGAUCUUUCAGUCUAUUUGCACAAUAAAAAUAUUUCUGUCAGAGGUCAUAGCAUGUUAUUUUUAACCUUCCACUUCAUGUCAGUUGGCUGUGUUCAUGUGACGUCAAGAUGCAUUGAAAUCUUCACGCAUUCCACUUAUCUUUCUCCACUUAAAACAUUUUUUUUUUAUAUCCGUGAAGUUCAAUGGCAUGCGUAGACACGAGCAGCUGUCACUGAGAUGGAAGAGGUGAGAGGGCAGCUGCGUCAACCCUCUAAGAUAUGAGAUCCUAGCAAAACAUAAUGAGGCGUGAGAGAUUUAUGUCUGCGUAGGCAGGUUAUUUCAGUGACCCUCUGAAUAGCAGUAUUUAACGGUUUAUAUCAAUAGUUGGAAGUUCAAGAUUUUAACAAUUAAUGAUUAUGAUUAAAAUAAGCAUAAAUAAUAAACCAGUUCUAUUUCUGGGUUUUAUUAUUGUCAAUACAUUUGUAGUUAUAUAAAAUUAAAAAUCUCUCUAGAUUUUUUUUAAUAGCUUCAUAAAUGUAGUGAUAAUACAGAAAUGUAUAUUUUUAUAUUAUUAAUACAUUUAUCCAAGACAUUUUUCUUUGUUUGCAGAGCAUCCCCUUCGCCCACACGGAACAAUCCAUAGGAUGAGCGUGAUGGUCUGCAGUCAUGUGGAGCGUCGCUGAAUUGGAUGCAGAUUCGUUGGAGAUUGGCUCGGGAAAGAACAAACCACAACUAACUGGAUAUGGCUGAACACAGCAUCCACAACACUCAUUAUUCACACUCCUACCGUCAGGCAGACGCUACAGGAGUUUGAAGUCCAGGACCACAAGGCUGGCAAACAGCUUUUACCCUCAGGCCAUCAGGCUCCUCAACGAAGCACUCGCACACGCCGCACGCAACACACGCACACACUCAUAGCACUUUAUUUAUUUAUUUAUUUAUUUGUAUUAUUUACUUGUAUUAAUGUCUCUUCUGUUGUUGUUGCUUAAUUUAUUGGUAUUUAUGUUUAUGUGUUUAUGUUUCUUAUGUUCUUAUUCUUUCUUGUGUUUUCCUUCUUUUCUUGGGAGAAUGAACAGAAUAAGAUUUUCAUUGCAUGGUAUAACUGCUGUUUUACCAUGCACAUGACAAUAAAACUCUCUUGAAUCUUGAA